AUUGUGAAAGCACGCAUCAUUAAUAAGACCUCAAACUCUUGAUAUUUGGGCUUCAAACCCAUUGAAAGAACAAGUUAUUUGGACUUUUCGAACUAUUGUUGUAGUGCCUAUGCGCUCGAAACUAUUAAAUCAGCUUACAAAAUCAUCUUGCAAUUUGUGAAUAAGAAUAGCUCCAAUAAAGAUCGAGCAUAACAAAAGAGUAUUCAAAGAUGAGCACCCCUGAAAAACUGGAGAAGUUCAAAGUAGAAGUGGUCAAAUUGUUGCCCAACUAUGACAUGAGUAGGUGGACCGACAAUGAGCUUCAAAAAUGGAUCAACGCGAGAGAGGGCGACGUAGAUGGGGCAGUGGACCAGUUCAUAAGGCACAUUGAGUUCCGGAAGCUGCACAAGUUAGACGAGGGGUUCUUCCAGGACCACGUGCAGCCAGAAGUGCUGAAGAACUACUACCCAGGGGGAAUAUGUGGGUACUGUAAGGAUGGGUACAUUGUCAAGUACGAGAUGCCGGGCAAACUGGACGUCAAGGGUCUGUUGAUGUCAGUUUCUGACGAGGAGUUCCUCAAUCACGCCAUUUACAUGGCAGAGUCCCUGUUGGAUGGGGUGAACAAGCGAUCCAAGGAGACGGGUCAGUGUCUAGACAAGUGGACAGUGGUGAUAGACGCAGAGGGGUUUAGUGUCAAGCAGAUGACGAAGAAUGUUCUAGAACGACAGAAGAUCAUAACCAAAAUAUUCGAAGACAACUACCCGGACAGAUUAGCCUCAACUUACAUCGUUAAUUGUUCACGUCUGUUCAAACUACUUCUUAACGUGAUGAAAGUGACAAUGGAUCCGAGCACCUUUAGCAAGAUCACAGUCCUUACUUCGAAGGAUCAGAUAGCCGACUACAUAGACAGGGAACAGCUGCCUGCCAGGUAUGGAGGGUUGAUCAAAGAGGAUGGGUUGUGUGAUGGAGGGAAGAUACCCGAGAAAUUCUACCAGGUGGAGAGACUGUUGAACUCUACGAAGAGCUGGCCCAGAUUCGACGUCAAGGCUGGCACAGAGGAAUCGGUGGAAAUUGAGGUGAAGGGAGACAGCAUGUAUCUCUCCUGGGAGUUCUAUACAGUCAAGAAUCGCAUCACAUUCUCCGUCUUCUACCAGCCAAACAAAGACCCCUCCACCCAACGACAGACUGUGAUCUCGCCCUACAAGCCAGAGUGCUGUUUGUGUCCGGAGACAGGGUCCCUGGACUGCCAGACCCCUGGAACUGGAAUAUACACUCUGGUUUUUGGAAACAUGACUAGCAAGCUGAAGAGCAAAACUGUGGUGUACUCAGUACAGGUGUUGGAAAAGGCACAUGACAGCUGAAUCUGAAAAAUUACCAAAUUGUGAAUAUUAUACUAAUAUUGUGGCAAUUAAUUUAAA